AAAACAGCCACCAUAAGAAGAAGAAGACUCAAAUAUGACUGAAACUAGAUUUCAAGAUAGUUGAAAAACUAAAGAAAGUAUAAUAUUUCCACACCUUAGGCCUUAGCCUCCUAUGAAACUCCAUAAGCUGAGCUUGGAAAAUGGCUAAGUGGUUACUUUGACCCUGUCGUGGGGGUAAAGGUAACAAAACCUUUAGCAAUCUGACUCAGAGAGCUUUAAAAGUAUCUAACAAAAUUCAAGAAACCAUGAUGGUUGAUACAUACCUUGAUAGUUUGAUUCCUGCAACAUAAAGAGAAGACACCAUCUCAGAGGCUUAUUAAACACAAAAGUAUGGUUAGUAGUUAUAUGAAUUCAUAGCAGGUACCUUGCUCCUAAAAGCUCAUGUAUGUUUACAUCAUGAUCAAGCUUUCUUAGAAGUCUUCUUUAAUGCCUGCAAUGGAGCAAAAACAAAUAAGCUCAGAUACGUAUGUCAAACAAAACAAAAACGUUGAUGAGAAAGGAAGUAAUCAGGUGAGGUUUAUUCUUUACUUCAAGGCUCUCCAGCUUCCUGUUAUGUCAAAAAAAACACAACACUUUAUUUUAGUUCAAUAGCACAAAUUAGAUGAUAGGGUUGAGACUUGAGAGUAAUCUAUACUUUUACAUAAUAAGGCUUACCUUACCUUUUUGUCCUUUCUUGUGGAGUUAAUUGAGCAAACUUAGAAAUAACCUCUCAGUGCAUUAUGUCAUCUAUAUUUCAAUUUGUUUUUGUUUUUUGUUUUUAUUAUUUCAUUCCUAUUUGUCCUUUCUCGUUUAAUCAUUAUGUCAUUUAUAUUUCAAUUUGUUUUUGUUUUUAUGAUUGCAAGAACAUAGUAUUUGCAAAAAAAAGGAAAGAACAUAGUAUUUGCAAAAAAAGGAAAUUGUUAUUCUGUCGUCUGUAAGAAAAAGGAAAUUAUAAAUCGUCUUGAAAAGAAAAAGGAAAUCAUAAAUCGUAUUACUAGGUUAUACUAAACAAAUACUAUUAAGUAACCGACUAAAAACGUUAGAUAAAAACUAGUCCUUGUGUUAUAAAUAAGUCACCCUAGAACAAAUCAAGUUCAUCGAUUCAGUUUCUUUUUUCAGAGCGACUAUCAAAGAGAAAAAAAAAGCGUUAAACUCUGUUUUUUCGACUGAUAUUUGCUUUCGUAAGUAGUCAUGAAACACAGAUUAUCCCACGAAAUAGAUAACUACCCUGAACCAGACGAUGUGGGCAUAAUCAGAGUAACGGCAAGGAUCUUUGGCCAAGAUGAUAACUCGACGUUCACGGCUCUGUCGCUUGCAAGAGACUUCAUAGAGAACGACGAGUGUACAACAAAAGAAGACUUGAACUACUUCUUGCUGGAAGCCGGAAUCAACGAAGAUUUUAUCGAUAAUGCGAUACUGGAGCUAAUUGUUUAUGUUGAUGAGGUAACUUGCCCUGCAAGUAUCGAGUACUCUCCUGGAUGUGCUUUGAAAGUUCGGUUGGAUCUUAUUCCUGAUUAUCUCGAUGAUGAUGAUGAUGACUCUGAGGUUCAAGAAGCUGCUCAAGCCUCGUUUGAUGAAACUAUCAGUAUCCGGUUUCGACAAGCUAGCAAGCUCGUUGUCAAGUCGCUAACCAGGAAAAUAUACAACAAGAAGAUUAAAAAGGAAAAGAAGAAGAUGAUGAGCUUGGAAGAGUGCAGGAUUUGUUUGCAAGAGUUUAGCAAUGGAGGAAUGGUUGUGACUUUAUCAUGUGGACAUGAGUUUGACGAUGAGUGUAUCGUAAAGUGGUUUGAGACCAGUCAUGUUUGUCCUUUGUGUCGUCUCGAGUUGCCAUGUCAAGAUGAACUAUAGUAUGUCAAGAUUGUAGGGUUGAACUUCGGUUACUUAUUGUAUUAAUAACUCAUUGUUAAAUAUCUUUUUCCAUCCGAGAUCCUUUUGUUUUGUUCUUUUGAGUAUGUUCUUUAUAUAGUAUCAAUAUACCAUGUUUUGCAACACCUAGCCAACAUCAACAUAUAAACUAUAUUUCACAAUCUCUCAUACAUACUAAAACCUUAUACAUGUACACACUCUCUCUCUCUCUCUCUCUAUAUAUAUAUAUAUAUAUAUAUAUAUGGAGAUUAUAGCAAUGACUGGAAGUCUG